AUGAACCCGAAGGGUACCAGUCCUUGUCGCGGAGAUAGAGACUUCUUCAUUGAUAUCGAUAGUGAUGAUAACUAUAUCUCCUAUGUCAAUAACUGGUGGGACUUUUCGGGUUUAUUCGAGGUUACUCUUGGCUGGGGCACACUUGACUUUACCACUGCGAAACUUAUGGAUGUUGCAUGGGACUUGGUAGUCGGCAGAGGAGGCCAAGCCGUUAUGUCUCUUAUUGCUUGGAGAGUGUUUACCGAAUAUCUUGAGGUGUCUAUAGCCACGCGACCAGCCACAUACACGACGAUAUGGCUUUUGAGGUUUCACCAAGACACUUCUUUCUUUCGUCGCGGCUUAGCAUCAAAGACUGCGACGUGGAUGAUGGCCACGACACUCUCGUUCAUACUGGCAUUUCCCACGAUUGCUGGUUCAAUGACCGGAUAUACCACCUUCAACAACGCGUAUAUAGGUUCAAGUGACGAGCGACUUUUCCCUUACCAGGAUGUGAAACCGGUGGCCUAUGUUAUACAUGAUGGAUCCAGAGUACCUGGUUUCACUGAUGAUUACAUCGUGCCCUGGAGAUCAAGUGUACUACGAGACAAUCAACAUAACUUGAUGUCGUACUGGGAUUAUUGUCGCAGCUUCGACGAAGAAUACCCAGAUCAGAGUUGCGAAUUACAAUUGAAUACGUCACUGUAUACUCAAAGAUAUGGCUAUGAUGCAUCAGCUAUCCGUGAUAAUAACAAUCGCACCAUCAACGAGACUGAAUUCUGCGGUAAAACGCUACAGGGGAAGCCUCUCGAUAUAUCUGCAUAUUAUCUGCCAGGGCCAUUCUACUGGGACUUGUCCAACAGUGAAAACAGAACCUUUAACAGCAAUCCAUACGACAAUAGUACAAACAUAUUGUUUGUUGUCGGCGAUGACUUGUACAAUUCCACCGAACUGGUGCAGAAUGGUGUCUGUCAACCAAAAAAGGACGAGAGCUCUGUCCAACGUUAUCAAUGGGGAUUUUCAUUCUUACAAUUGUAUUUCGUCACCAUUCUACUACUUAUGUGGUCUCUUGCUCUCAUAUUUCUAUGGAAGGAUGCCCAUGAGAUGCUUAAGCACAACAAUCGGGAUGUUUCGUCCCGAGACUGGAAGGGCCUCCUGGAUUUUACAGACACGAUCAAAAAACAACUCGAAGAGGCUGGCAUAGACAUCACCAACCUAUCAGACAAGCAACUGAAUGACGAGAUACAAACAAUCUUGAAAGGUGGCUCCAUAUCAUCACAGGACAUGCCAGUGCACUUGUUCAGUUUAUGGUAUCUCUUAUGGGAGAGAAAAUGUUGCUUUUGCUGCUGGGAGAACUCGCAAGCAGAGGAUUUUCGUUUUCAUACUUGCAAGUUUACUCUGUACUCCAUUCUUUUUUUACAGUUGGAGGUCUCGGGAUCUAGUUUUGCCUGGAACUUGUGUUGGGUUAUGCCUGGCGUUUGCAAUUGGGUCUACAAAGGGAAGUCGUUAGUUAGCUUUACGACAUGGAGAAAGUCGGUAAAGGUCUAA